UUGAAGAAAUUGGCAGGAAAAGAAGAAAAUUAGGUACUGUGGAUUAUCUUGAAGGGAAGGAAGAUACUAAUUUGGGAUGAUGCUCAAUCAACUGAGCCACUCCGGCCAGCCCAACUCUUAAGAAUUGUCCACAUUGAGUCUCCAGCAAUUCAUCAGUUACAGUUCAGGCUUUCCUACUACUCAUGCAUUGGCUCCUAUGGCAGUUUCUGCUUGUGUGUCUCUACUCUGGUUUCCAAAUCUUCAAAGUUUGACUGGUCCAAAAGACAUUGUCCUGAUUGGUCAGAAUAGAGCUACUCUGGAUGGUUGCAGCUGUGCAGACCUUGUGUGGACAGUAAUGACCUCACGUUUCCGUUUGCCUGCUGGCAGAACCUACAAUGUACGAGCAUCAGAGUUGGCCCGAGACAGACAGCAUACAGAGGUGGAUUGCAACAUUUUUCUUUUGGAUAACACUGUACAAGUUUUCAAAGUUAGUAAAUAUGAUCAAGGGCAAGUUCUGUUGGAUAUAGUCUUCAAACAUCUUGAUUUGACUGAGCGUGACUACUUUGGUUUACAGUUGGCUGAUGAUUCCACAGAUAACCCAAGAUGGCUGGAUCCAAAUAAACCAAUAAGGAAGCAGUUAAAGAAACUGCUUUUAUUAAUUCUAGGAGGAUCUCCCUACAGUUUGAACUUCAGAGUCAAAUUUUUUGUAAGUGACCCCAACAAGUUACAAGAAGAAUAUACAAGGUACCAGUAUUUUUUGCAAAUUAAACAAGACAUUCUUACUGGAAGAUUGCCCUGUCCUUACAAUACUGCUGCCCUUUUGGCUUCAUUUGCUGUUCAGUCUGAACUUGGAGACUACAACCAGUCAGAAAACUUGCCAGGCUACCUCUCAGAUUAUUCUUUCAUUCCUAAUCAACCUCAAGAGUUUGAAAAAGAAAUUGCAAAAUUACAUCAGCAACAUACAGGCUUAUCUCCUGCAGAAGCAGAAUUUAAUUACCUGAACACAGCACGUACCUUAGAACUCUAUGGAGUUGAAUUCCACUAUGCAAGGGAUCAAAGUAACAAUGAAAUUAUGAUUGGAGUGAUGUCAGGAGGAAUUCUGAUUUAUAAGAACAGGGUACGAAUGAAUACCUUUCCAUGGUUGAAGAUUGUAAAAAUUUCAUUUAAGUGCAAACAGUUUUUUAUUCAACUUAGAAAAGAAUUGCAUGAAUCCAGAGAAACCUUAUUGGGAUUUAAUAUGGUGAACUACAGAGCAUGCAAAAAUUUGUGGAAAGCUUGUGUAGAACAUCACACCUUCUUCCGUUUGGACAGACCCCUUCCACCUCAAAAGAAUUUUUUUGCACAUUAUUUUACGUUAGGUUCAAAAUUCCGGUACUGUGGGAGAACUGAAGUCCAGUCAGUUCAGUAUGGCAAAGAAAAAGCAAAUAAGGACAGGGUAUUUGCAAGAUCCCCAAGUAAACCCUUGGCACGAAAAUUAAUGGAUUGGGAAGUAGUAAGCAGAAAUUCAAUAUCUGAUGACAGGUUGGAAACACAAAGCCUUCCAUCACGAUCUCCGCCUGGGACGCCUAAUCAUCGAAAUUCUGCAUUCACACAAGAGGGACCCCGGUUACGACCAUCUUCAGUGGGUCAUUUGGUAGACCGUGUGGUUCACACUUCCCCAAGCGAAGUAUUUGUGAAUCACAGAUCUCCAUCUUCAACACAAGCUAACAGCAUCAUUCUGGAAUCAUCACCAUCACAAGAGACCCCUGGGGAUGGGCAGCCUCCAGCUUUACCGCCCAAACAAUCGAAGAAAAACAGCUGGAACCAGAUGUAUUAUUCACAUUCGCAACAAGAUCUGGAAAACCAUAUUAACGAGUCAUUUGAUGUUCCAUCUUCCCCUGAAAAAUCUACUCCUAAUGGUGGUAUUCCACAUGAUCAUCUUGUUCUAAUCAGAAUGAAACCUGACGAAAAUGGAAGAUUUGGAUUCAAUGUAAAGGGAGGAUUUGAUCAGAAGAUGCCUGUGAUCGUGUCCCGAGUAGCACCAGGAACACCUGCUGACCUCUGUGUCCCUCGAUUGAAUGAAGGAGACCAAGUUGUACUGAUCAAUGGUCGGGACAUUGCAGAACAUACCCAUGACCAGGUUGUCCUGUUUAUUAAAGCUAGCUGUGAGAAACAUUCUGGGGAACUCGUACUUCUAGUCCGACCUAAUGCUGUCUAUGAUGUAGUGGAAGAAAAGCUAGAAACUGAGCCAGACUUCCAGUACAUUCCUGAAAAAGCCCCACUAGAUAGCGUCCAUCAGGAUGAUCAUUCCCUGCGAGAGUCAAUGAUCCAGCUAGCUGAGGGGCUUAUCACAGGAACAGUCCUGACACAAUUUGAUCAACUAUAUCGGAAAAAACCUGGAAUGACAAUGUCUUGUGCCAAAUUACCUCAGAAUAUUUCCAAAAAUAGAUACAGAGAUAUUUCGCCUUAUGAUGCUACACGGGUCAUUUUAAAGGGUAAUGAAGAUUAUAUCAAUGCAAAUUAUAUAAAUAUGGAAAUUCCGUCUUCUAGCAUUAUAAAUCAGUACAUUGCUUGCCAAGGGCCGUUACCACACACUUGUACAGAUUUUUGGCAGAUGACUUGGGAACAAGGCUCCUCCAUGGUUGUAAUGUUGACCACACAAGUUGAACGUGGCAGAGUGAAGUGCCACCAGUAUUGGCCAGAGCCCACAGGAAGUUCAUCCUAUGGAUGCUACCAAGUCACCUGCCACUCAGAAGAAGGAAAUACUGCAUAUAUCUUCAGGAAGAUGACACUAUUUAACCAAGAGAAAAAUGAGAGUCGUCAACUCACUCAGAUUCAGUACACAGCCUGGCCUGACCAUGGUGUCCCUGAUGAUUCCAGUGACUUUCUGGAUUUUGUUUGUCACGUACGAAAUAAGAGGGCCGGCAAGGAAGAACCUGUUGUUGUUCAUUGCAGUGCUGGGAUUGGAAGAACUGGGGUUCUGAUUACUAUGGAAACAGCCAUGUGUCUCAUUGAAUGCAACCAACCAGUUUAUCCACUAGACAUUGUAAGAACAAUGAGAGAUCAACGAGCCAUGAUGAUCCAGACACCUAGUCAAUACAGAUUUGUAUGUGAAGCUAUUUUGAAAGUUUAUGAAGAAGGAUUUGUUAGACCCUUAACGACAUCAUCAAAUAAAUAAGAAAGCAAAAAAUCUGGGAUAUGUGUUAGAAAACUGCUUUCCAAUUAUAUUCACUGUGCCAUAAUACUGCUUGCAGGAAAUGGCAUCUAAACAAAAAAUGAAGAACUGAUAAAAACUGAAAACUUCAGCACUAUUGCACUUUAUGUUUUAAAAAAA